AGAUCUCCACCGGAAGUCGGGAAGGCUGCAUCCGGCUCCAGGAAAAGCGAGUGGGAUAUCCCAAUCUUUCGACUGCAUCCUGGUUGCCUCUACUGUGGUCACCUUUGGGAAGAAAUGUCUUCUGUAAAAAGAAGUCCGAAGCAAGAAAUAGUUACUCAGUUUCACUGUUCAGCUGCUGAAGGAGAUAUUGCCAAGUUAACAGGAAUACUCAGUCAUUCUCCAUCUCUACUCAAUGCAACUUCUGAAAAUGGCUGGACUGCUUUAAUGUAUGCAGCAAGGAAUGGGCACCCAGAGAUUGUCCAAAUUCUGCUUGAGAAAGGGUGUGACAGAUCAAUUGUCAAUAAAUCAAGGCAGACUGCACUGGAUAUUGCUGUAUUUUGGGGUUAUAAGCAUAUAGCUAAUUUACUAGCUACUGCUAAAGAUGGGAAGAAGCCUUGGUUCCUAACGAAUGAAGUGGAAGAAUGUGAAAAUUAUUUUAGCAAAACACUACUGGACCGGAAAAGUGAAAAGAGAAAUAAUUCUGACUGGCUACUAGCUAAAGAAAGCCAUCCAGCCACAGUUUUUAUUCUUUUCUCAGAUUUAAAUCCCUUGGUUACUCUAGGUGGCAAUAAAGAAAGUUUCCAACAACCAGAAGUUAGGCUUUGUCAGCUGAACUACACAGAUAUAAAGGAUUAUUUGGCCCAGCCUGAGAAGAUCACCUUGAUUUUUCUUGGAGUAGAACUUGAAAUAAAAGACAAGCUACUUAAUUAUGCUGGUGAAGUCCCAAGAGAGGAGGAAGAUGGAUUGGUUGCCUGGUUUGCUCUAGGUAUAGAUCCUAUUGCUGCUGAAGAAUUCAAGCAAAGACAUGAAAAUUGUUACUUUCUUCAUCCUCCUAUGCCAGCCCUUCUGCAAUUGAAAGAAAAAGAAGCUGGGGUUGUAGCUCAAGCAAGAUCUGUUCUUGCCUGGCACAGUCGAUACAAGUUUUGCCCAACCUGUGGAAAUGCAACUAAAAUUGAAGAAGGUGGCUAUAAGAGAGUCUGUUUAAAAGAAGACUGUCCUAGUCUCAAUGGCGUUCAUAAUACCUCAUACCCAAGAGUUGAUCCAGUAGUAAUCAUGCAAGUUAUUCAUCCAGAUGGGACCAAAUGUCUUUUAGGCAGGCAGAAAAGAUUUCCCCCAGGCAUGUUUACUUGCCUUGCUGGAUUUAUUGAGCCUGGAGAGACAAUAGAAGAUGCUGUUAGGAGAGAAGUAGAAGAGGAAAGUGGAGUCAAAGUUGGCCAUGUUCAGUAUGUCGCUUGUCAACCAUGGCCAAUGCCUUCCUCCUUAAUGAUUGGUUGCUUAGCUCUGGCAGUGUCUACAGAAAUUAAAGUUGACAAGAAUGAAAUAGAGGAUGCCCGCUGGUUCACUAGAGAACAGGUCCUGGAUGUUCUGACCAAAGGGAAGCAGCAGGCAUUCUUUGUGCCACCAAGCCGAGCUAUUGCACAUCAAUUAAUCAAACACUGGAUUAGAAUAAAUCCCAGUCUCUAAAUCUAAGAACUAAGCUUUGAGUAUUAUUUAAUAAUUUCUAAUAACACUCAUUCCUCAAGUGAUAUUAGAGAUUAUUCAGUACUCUUGAGAGUGUCACAACACAAAAUAUCAUGUUGGGUUUUCGAAAUAUUUUCAAAAUGUUCUGUCUUAAUCACAAAUUCAUAUUUUUACAAAUUUUUAAAAUAUUGCCUCAGAUUAUGUUAAAUCUGGGUCAGCCUUCUCUGAACUUUUUCUUUCUUGGUUUCUUUUCUUCCUUCACAGUUUUAUCUCACAAAACCAUUUUUCUAAUAAGAGACAUCAUGUUGGAAAGAUGUUCUAGAAAUGUGCAUAAAUUUCAGUGCCUCUUGUAUGCAUUAAACUGAUGACAAAGGAAGUUCCUGAUUUGAGAAAUGAAACAAAGUAAUUUUAAUGAAUUUUUAGCUUGUAUUAGCUUGAGUUAGCUUGCAUUGAUUUUUCAGUCCUUUUGUUACCUUUAAGUUGUCAAUAUCUGGUUUUUGUUCAUCUCCCCAUUGUAGUCCCACUUCCUCUUUCCUGGGGGUUCCAUUGUUCUAGCAGUGGAGGUGUUACAGUGUUGCCACUCGUCUAAUUUGACCAGUGUUAAGAAUUUUCUAAUUUAAUAAUUUAAUAGUGAUCUCAAUACCACACCCUCAUGGAAGGAGAAAAGCAUAAUAUUAUAUCUGGGACCUCUCUUUUAGACCUAAAAUUAAUUAACACAUCUACUUAUAUGUUACUUAUACCUAAAGCUGUUAUUAAGACAAAUCAAGAUUGUCUGCUUUUGCACUGAAAUUAAACUUGAAAGGAAUUCUCAUCAAAGGUCAGAUAUUAAAUAAGUCCCAGGCAGAUUUACAUAUUUAAUUUAAAACAUUGGCUGUAUUUCAUUUUGUGAUGAGUGAUGUAUCUGUUUUAGCAAAAAAUUGUAUAAUCAUUACCAAUACUAUUUAUUAUGCUCAAAUAUAUCUUGGCUUUGACCUUAUUUCAACACAUUCUAAGAAGCCUUGACAAAAUAAGUAUAUUUUAGAGCUGAAUCAGUAAGAUUCUAGAGAAAGCAAAACAUAGUAGUUCACAAUUUUGCAGCAUAGAAAGUCACGUUUUGAAAGGCUAUUUUGAAAUUGAUUUAAUAGCUAUUAUAGUUUAUGAGUAUCAAAAUUUGUAUAAUUUGGAUCUUUAUUAAUGUAUGCUAGAGCUAGAAGAGACCUUAAGGAUAAUAUAUGAAAUUAGCUUUCCUUAUUUUAUAUAAGGAAAAAGAAAUUGUGAAAGGUGAAUUUACCUAAUUAGUGAAAGUUACAUAACUAAUUAAUUACAAGUCUGUACUAUAUAAUGCAGAGGACGAUUCUCCCUGUAAAAAGAACUAGAAGCUAUUACUAAAAAUAUAUAUAGACAAAAUUAAAAGAAGGAAUGAUAAGAAUAAAUUUAAUUUACCAAAUAUUAAAAUUUUAGAUACUUAACAUUUAUUAAACUUAAAGAUAACUGUCAGAUAAAACUUUAUUUUACUAAUGAGCAGUGAUUUUCUUAGGAAUUGAUGAAGGCUUAUUGGUAUCAAGAAUUUAAACCAAAUUAAAACUGAUACAGGACAUUUAGAUACAUAAUAAAAUUUGAGCUACAUAAGUAUAUAGAAAAUAAUGUACCUUGAUUAUUAUGAAAUAGAGCGUCUUGAAAUUCAGUUUUACUCCAAAUGUACUUUUUAACACUUACAGAUUCUAAGAUUAUAUUGUAAAAUUCCAGGUUUUCAUAAUGUUAAAAUAGGAAAGUAGGAUAUAAAGUAUCAACAAGUGUAGUUAUACAUUUUGUUUUGGAUAUUUAAUCCUUACUUGGGGAAAAAUCAGCAUCUAAGUAAAUUAUUAUUUUAAUAACAACUCUUAAAUUGCCAACCUCUGAGAGGUGAAAAGCUAUGUAAAUAGAAGGAAUGGCCAAUUCAAAAGAAUAGUAGAUGUGAUAGUGCCAUGAAUGUAUUCUACUGGAAAUGAAUGUAAUAAUACAUUAAAUUUUUAAAAUCUA